GUUAACCCUCUCUCUCUCUCUCUCUCUCUCUCUCUAUCUCUCACUCUCACAUACACACAGAAGCGCAAAACAAACAACUAUGGCGAGAGUAAUGUUGAUGUUAGCACUAUGUGUCCUCACGGCGAUCCUUAGCGAGGCCCGACCUGUGGCGAAGCCGAUGAUCUUGCAGGGUAAGGUCUACUGCGACACUUGCCGUGCCGGCUUCGAGACCUCCGCCACCACCUACAUUACCGGUGCCAAGGUUAGAGUGGAAUGCAAAGACAGAGGUACACAGGAACUCCUCUACAGUAAGGAGGGAACAACAGACUCAACUGGAACAUACAAGAUCCUGGUGAGUGAAGACCAUUCCGAUCAACUCUGUGAUGCUGUGCUGGUUAGCAGCCCACAGAGUGACUGUGCAUCAGUAGACCAUGGUUGUGACCAGGCUCGUGUGAUCCUCACCCGCAACAAUGGGAUGACUUCAGACACCCGUUUUGCCAACUCCAUGGGUUUCAUGAUGGAUCAACCCAUGUCUGGUUGUGACAAGGUGCUCCAGCAGUACCAGGAGUUUGAAGAUUAGAUCAUGUUUUGGGUUUCCUUCCUGGUUCUGAAUGAUUAGGUUCUGCUUUUGCUUCCUGUCUUAUCAUUUGUUAUUUAGUUGUCUAUGUUUGUAUUUGUUUAGAGAACUCUGGUCAAUCUUUGCUUAUGUUAUCGCACUUAAAUCAAAUAUGUUAUGAAUGCUAUGACUUGAUUCUCCAUGUAAUGAGAUUGAUAUGGAAAGUGUCAGUCUGAUAGCAUGUUAAAUUUUUUUUGUUUGAC